AUGUUAGAAGGUAAAUUUGCUGAUGCUUCUUUAUUAAAGAAAAUUGUUGAAGCCAUCAAGGAUUCCGUCAAGAAAUGUAAUUUCAAUUGUUCAGAACACGGUAUUACUGUUCAAGCUGUUGAUGAUUCUCGUGUUUUAUUGGUCUCAUUAUUAGUUUCAGUUUCUUCAUUUGAAGAAUAUAGAUGUGAUAGAGAAGUUACUUUGGGUGUCGAUUUGGAAAGUUUUAGUAAAAUUAUUAAAACUGCCAAUAAUGAUGAUAUGUUGACUCUUAUGGCUGAUGACUCUCCAGAUCAACUUGUGACUGUUCUUGAAGAUCCUACAAAAGAUAGAAUUAGUGAAUAUUCUUUGAAAUUGAUUGAUUUUGAUUCAGAAUUCUUACAAAUUGAAGAUAUGGAAUAUGAUGCUGUUGUAAAUAUGCCAAGUGUUGAUUUUGCUAAACUUGUAAGAGAUUUGAAAACUAUCAGUGAAUCUUUACGUCUUGUUGUUACUAAAGAUUCUAUUAAAUUCACUUCUGAAGGUGAAAAUGGUUCUGGUAGUGUCGUUGUUAAAGGUAGUUCUGAAAAUGGAGAUAGUAGUGUUAGUAUUCAUUUGGAUGAUCCUGUUGAUUUAACUUUUGGUUUGAAAUAUUUGAAUGAUAUUGUUAAAGCUUCUACUUUGUCCACUAAUGUCACCAUUAAAAUGGCUGAUAAAACACCAGCUUUAUUUGAAUUCAAAAUGGAAAGUGGUGGUUAUUUGAGAUACUACUUGGCUCCAAAAUUCGAUGACGAAGAAUAG